UUAAACUUCAAGGGAACCCGAGCAAGAGAGAAGGUCGCCACCGAAAUGGCUGCCCGCUACAUCAUAAGGGGGUCUGUGUUAGGCAUGCAAUGUCUGGCCCGAUGCAUAAACGAAAGCAUGUUUCAGAGAAUAAUUGGCGUCCCACUGGUUUCUGUUGUGGGAAAUAUUCAAAGUCGAGGCAUUCGUCAAGUUGUCGAGAAAAAGGAGGGCAAUACAACAACGAUUGAGGGAAUUUCCGUGCAGAAGCAGGAAUGGGUAGAGCCACCUAAUCCAGAAGGACAGUGUCCCAUCUGCCGAUGGAACCUGAAACACAAGUACAAUUAUGAGGAUGUCCUCUUGCUCAGCCAGUUCAUACGCUCAGAUGGCGGUAUGCUCCCUCGCCGGGUAACGGGGCUUUGUGCUGAGGAACACAACAAGAUUGCCAUCUGUGUGAAGAUGGCCCACCGUGCAGGUCUCCUCCCUGACCACAAACCACCACUGCCAGAGGGUCAUGUUCCAAAAAGCAAGCCGGUGCUCAACAGAUACCUGACCCGGUGGUCCACAGACUCUGUGAAGCCCAUCCUUAAGAAGGGACUGAAGUGGUGCAAAGUUCGCAUGCCUGUGGGUGACCCGUGUCUAAAGAACAACACACGAUACAGCCUGAAGCCACUUUACACCAAGCACUGAGGCCCCUCGCUCCCGCCCACCCCCCCAAGACCAGCGUCACUGACAGACUGGCAGCAGGUUAACCACCACCAGUCCAGUCACUUCAUAUUAUAUUUAUUACUAUAAAAGCUGGAAUGAAGCUUAUUCAAUCCUGUUGAUGCCCCUGGAGACUGGAAAUUACAUGCGCUGCAACCCGGUGCGGCAUGGCCUCUGGGAUGGAGUGGGUCAGUACUGCAUUGUUACAGUAUUGGUGUUAUGAGACACCAGCUCUGCCAAGUCCCCGUUUUGUAAAUAAAACAUGUGAUUUCAAUUUUCAGCCAUAUGUUGUUUGCAGUGGCGGCAUUGGUAAUUUUGGGUCCAAUUUCAAAAUUUCGUGGGCCCCCUACUCUGCAUGCAUGCCAAAUACAUCCAAUAUCAGCUUAUUAUUAAAAGUUUUUCUUUUUUAAAACAUUUAAUUGUAGGCCAACUGUACAAUAAAUUGUAAGAAUAUGGCUCACUUUUUUUAAUGCUCAUCACUAUGUAACAAUUACUUGGGUUUCUUCAAUGU